AGUUCAAGCGGUGUCGAGGCGCAGCCCACCCCCCGCGCGUGCUUAUGGCUUAUCGGGUUGACCACAAGGGUUGGAAGUUGGCGGCCCUUGAGGCGAUCGCCACCGUCAACAAGCGCAUCACCGUCAACAUCAGAGGAGGUCAUGGGGAGCAGGCGCUCGGCUUCCGCUGGGACAAGGCUGGAGCGUCGGGGACCGCGCGCGUCGCCGAGGUCUUCAGCCCCGUGCUGCGGGCUGCGAGUGUACGGCCCGGGGCCCUGCUGCUCUUGGUGGAUGGACUGGACACCGCCGUGCUCACCACAGAGCAAGUCGAGACGCUGCUCCAGACCAGCGGCCGCCACUCUCUUCGGCUGGGCUUGCGGGUGGUACUCCGCCCUGGUAAGGCUCGCGCCGCCCCAGCGCCACCUAAGAAGCGGCGACUCGACCCUGACAUGGGCGUGGUCACCACGGAGUCCGGGCUCUGGGCGUACAACACCUCGUGGGCGGGGAUUGCCGUCACAGACGAGGAGGCACGCCGCCGCGAGGCUAGGGCCCAGAAGUAUGGAGCGCACGGGGUCGCAGCCACAGGGACUAACAGAUCCCAGACAGAAAGCGGCACCGCUGCGGUCCCCAAGACGCUGCUGUGGAAGAACGAGCCGAAGGAAGAGUUGGAGGAGGAAUCCAGGGUGGAGAAGCAGGGCGAAGCCGACGAGGAGUGGGAGGCGGUGGCAAUCGACGGCUACGAGGACGAGUGGGGUGAGGACGACGAGGUGAUCGACUUGCAUGCCCCUGGGUCCCUGGGCGCCAUCGUCGGAACCUGCCAGGAGCUCGAGAAGGGCUACCUGCGUCUCACGGAGGAGCCCUGCCCAGAGCGCGUUCGGCCGCUCCAGGUGCUCCGCUCAGCCGUGGACCGCCUCAGGAGGCUCCGCGAUGGGCCAGGGGAGGCGCGCAGUUGGCAGUACCUCGGUGAUCAGCUCCGCUCGGUGCGGCAGGAUCUCCUGGUGCAGGGCCUGCAGGACCCUGCGCGAUCGCCCGCAGGCGCCGCCCUCGCGGCCGAGGUGUGCGUCCUCAACGCGCGGUGGGCGCUGGCCGCCGGGGACGUCGUCCACUUCGUGCCGUCCGUGUCGGAGCUCCGUGGCCUCCACCACGCGCUGCGUGGUGCAGGCCUGGCGGUCGCCCGUGACGUGGAGGUCGAGUUCUUGGGUUGCCGUUUGCUGUGCGCCACUCUCUUGGAACUCCAGGGCGAGCAGCUGGAGGCCGAGGCGGAGGCCAGCCGCUCGAUGCCCUUCUCCCCGCUGCUCGCGUGGGUGCGCGCCGUGUCCUGCGCAUACCGGGCGGGCCGUCACGUGCGGUAUUUCGCUCUUUGCGAACAGGCACCAGAGUGCGCAGGCGUUGAGACGGCGGUACUGCUGCUGCGCGCCUUCCACGACCGCGUCCGCCUCAAGGCCUUGCAGCGCCUCUGCCGUGCCGUGCCUGGCGGCUUCUCCAUCGGCACGGUCUCGCGGCAGUUGCGGCUCGGCUGCGAGGAGGAGUGCGCUGCUUGGUGCCACCGUGUCGGCGGCGCGGUUUUGGAGGCGUCGCCCAGGGGUGGCAGCACCGUGCACGUGAACGCGCGGGACACCGCGGAGGCCCUGCGGGGCCACCGGCUCCUCGCCUCGCGCCACGGCGUGCCCAGGGCGCCGCAGGAGGAGUCCGCGCUGGCCGCCGUGCCGCAGGUGACGGUGGUGUCUUCGCCGAAGGCGGCGCCGCCACCUCCCUCUGGCAACGCCGCUGCCGCUAUGGGCGCGCGCGCCCGCGCGCUGGCGCGCAAGGCCGCCAGAGAGCAGCGCGAGGCAGGUGCUGCUUAAACAGCACAAAUCAUCAUCAUCAUCACCACCGUAAUCGUCUCGCUCCCCA